AUCACCGUCAUUCCAUCCUACAUUUUCUGUCCAUCAUGUUGCUGCUCCUGGUCACCCUGUCCUGCUUGGCGGCAGUCAAGGCUCAAGGCGUACCUUGCUGCAUGGAACCUCAAUGGUCAGCCACAAUGUUUGACGUUUUCGCGCUCCCCCAAGCAAAUAACGUAUCAGCUGACUUCUACUACGACUUCACCAACCAAGCCACUGCCAUCCAGUAUUAUCAGUAUGGAUCACCGCAACGUGUGAAGACAAACAGAGUUGUCACGUCGUACGAAAAGAAUGAACAAUACUACAUCGAGGCUGAUGGAACAUGCACCAAACAUGUCCCAACUGACGUCCUCCUGCCAAACUGCAUCCCGAACGACAGUACAGACCUUGGCUCCAGCUAUAUCGGCACCGAGGCAAGCGGACUGAAGUCUGACACCUGGCUUAUAACUAUCGGUUCAGUCAACUUAACCGUGGGCGUCACCAGCGCCAACUGUGUCCUUACAUUCCAGGGAAUCGCAUACACAGGAGGAUAUCCUCCAGAUACAGAGGCAUAUUUUAACGGAUAUAAAGUCGGCAUCACGGAUCCAGCUGUUUUCGACAUCCCCCUCUCCUGUUAGAAGCAAGAUAGCUACAGUCAUCGCAGUUCAUCUUAUAUCCCUGAUUGUUGUCUGUUUCACGUUAAAAUUUACAAAUGAAUUUUCAUCAUUAAAUAUUUUUCAAAGUAAUGUUAUGGGAAGUUUUGUUAUCAAUUAUUGGUAUAACAUCACACGAUCUAGAGUUAUGAAUAUAGAGUUAACAAUAUUAAGAGUCUGUUUAUACAUUACAUGGAUUUGUACGUGCCUGUAUAUCAGUGAUAAUAUAUAUAUGUUUGUCACCGGGAAAGAUGGGUCAAAUUCUCAAAACUAAUAUAAACGUAUAGUUCGGCAGCGUUGCUACAUGGGUUUUUUCACACAUUCGUUUGGGGCUGCUAUUCGAACAGGGGCACCCGUUCUUUCAGUUAGCAAAUGAGUAUAUAAACGUUGUCCUUCUCUGAAGUUUCCAAGGGGCUAUGUAGAGCACGACACGCCUAUAUACGAUAAAAGAAAUACAUAAUUUCCAAGGUCAUGAAUGAGUGAUAUGUUUCACGCCGCCUUCGCCGCCAUACAAUGUUUCAGUUAUAUCACGGCGUGCCAGCUCCAUUCAGCGCAUUAACACAACACAAGUCCCGCCCAUUGUACUAUGAGCCAAUCAGUAUUAUUGGUCAAUCAAAGAUUUCUAUUCGCAAUAAACAAUAAACACCUGUUUCACUGA